AUGGCCUCAGCUCUGACUCUGUGUGUGACACCAGUAGAUGGCAACAACUUCCAGGAAACAUCUUUUUCCAUUUCAGACCCCUAUCAUGUGCAGGUCUGUGGGGGCUCCAGGCAGAGACGAAGUGUGAACAUGGAUUCCUCCAUUCCUCAGGGCUCAGUCAGACUGCCUUCCUCUCUCAUGCAGUCCCUAACCUCAGCGGAACAGCGUCUGGCCACUCGGGUCCAGUUCAAUUUCUAUCAGAAGAGCACAGCGUUCCAGGACAGAUCUUUGGGACAAAGCAGACUUAUCAGUGGGAUCCUGAGUGCGAGUGUGGCCAACCUGUCAGUCAAAGGACUGAAAGACGAUGUUAUAAUUUACCUGAGGAACACAGAGCCAAUUCCAGGUAACUUUACGGCUACGUGUGUUUUCUGGGAUUAUACAUUAAAUUAUGGAUCAGGUGGGUGGAAUCCAGAUGGCUGUUCAAAAUUCCCCCAAAAUAGCACAGACGAUGAGACAGUUUGCAGCUGCAACCAUUUAACCAGUUUUGCUAUCCUGCUGACUCUCAACAGGCAGCCUGUAAUCAGUCGUGAACAGGCCACCAUCCUCACCUUUAUCACAUAUAUCGGCUGUGGAAUCUCUGCCAUCUUCCUGUCUGUCACCCUUCUCACCUACUUGUUGUUUGAGAAGCUGCGCAAGGACAUCCCUGCAAAAAUUCUGAUCCAGCUGUGCUUGGCUCUGCUGCUCCUGAACCUGGUCUUCCUGGUGGAUGCAUGGCUGGCGUUAUACACAGACGCCGUGGGUCUCUGCAUCUCCACUGCCUGGUUUCUUCACUACUUCCUGCUGGUUUCCUUCACCUGGAUGGGACUUGAGGCUGUCCACAUGUACCUCGCCCUUGUGAAAGUCUUCAACAGCUACGUUUCACAAUACAUGCUGAAGCUGUCACUGGUUGGCUGGGGCAUCCCAAUGAUUGUGGUCAUUAUUGUCAUUGCAAUUAACAAGACAAACUAUGGUCUUGUCUCUUAUGGAAAGUUUACUGAUGGCACUAAUGAUGGAUUCUGCUGGCUGAAAAAUGACAUUGCCUUUUAUGUGGCAGUGGUGGCAUAUUUCUGUGUCAUUUUUCUCUUCAACUUCAUCAUGUUCAUUGUGGUGUUGGUCCAGCUGAGUCGAAUAAGGAAGCAGAACCCUCACAAUGUGCAGCACCGCACCACAGCGCAGGAUGUGCGCAGCGUGGUGGGGAUAACCAUCCUCCUGGGCCUCACCUGGGGCUUUGCCUUCUUUGCCUGGGGUCCCGUCAACCUGGCUUUUAUGUAUCUCUUUGCCAUUUUUAACUCCUUGCAAGGUUUCUUUAUAUUUGUGUUCCACUGUGCGGUGAAGGAAACCGUGCGGAGGCAGUGGAGGACCUACCUGUGCUGUGGCAAACUGAGGGUAGCAGAGAAUUCAGAGUGGAGUCGCACCACAAAUAAAACGAUGAAAAGGUCACCAACACAUAAUUUCUCAUCUGGCUCCACUUCUUUCCUCGUCACUGAUUCCCCGGAGCAAGCUAAUGGCACUGGUAACCCAUUUGAAGACAGAGUAAUCACAGCUGAUGAAGAUGGCCAAAUAGAUGUGAUCCUCAACGAGCUCAACAACCACAGAGACCAAUAAACACCCUGAUGCAAUAAGGGCAGAAAUACUUGUAUAUAAUGCAAAUAAACAAAAUUAUUUAUGAAUUAUAUCACUGGAAAGCUAACAUGUGGUAUUUUCAGUUUUUUAUAUUGACACUUUGCACAAGAAACCUGAACCACCUUCCUUCCAUUGCCACAGUAGCAUCAAUAUAACUAGUGAACAGUGGUAGUGUAAGUAUGUAUAUUUAUUUGCCUAGGUACUGUACUUUUGAGAUAUUGGUACUUUGAGUAUUUCAUUUUCUGCUGCUUUAUACUUCUACCCCACUCAGAAAGUCCUUUACUACAUUUUUUCACAGCUAUCUUCAGAUUAAAUGUUUAGAUAAAGAACAUACAGUAUGAUGAGCUUAUAAAAUUCAUCACACUUUAAGACUAAACCAUUUGUUUUCAAAUGUUUUGAUUUGUGAUCCCAGUCCAGAGUUAAAUAAUCAAAGACCAUUUUCCUAAGAAACACAUUCCAGAACCCAGAGAUAUUUUGUUUACUCCUCAUAUAAGACUAAGGCUGGAAACCUUCACUUUUCAUAAAGUGGAACCAGUGACUUGUUGGCACCAUUUCCUCACACUGUAAUGAACCUACAUUGUUUUCCUGCUCACUGUUCAUAGUGAAAUGCAUUUACAAAUUAAUAGUCACACUUGAACAAUUGCAUGCAAUUCAAUGCA